AUGUAUCCUCAACCCGGUGCCCCUAUGCCACCGCCACAGAAACCGGAAACCUUCAUGCUUUCGCAGGAGGCGCAACAGAGCUUACCACAUGAUGCGCAAGUCGCAUUGCAACAAGUAGACAACUUGAAAUACUUCCUCUUGUCUGCCCCGGUUGAUUGGCAACCGGAUCAACUGAUCCGUCGCUUCCUCCUUCCCACUGGUGACUAUAUCUCUUGUGUUCUCUGGAGCAACCUCUUCCACAUCUCGGGUACCGACAUUGUCCGAUGUCUCGCAUUCCGAUUCCAAGCCUUCGGCCGCCCCGUCAAGAACUCGAAGAAGUUUGAGGAGGGCAUUUUCUCCGACCUGCGAAAUCUCAAAGCCGGCACCGAUGCGACCCUGGAGGAACCCAAAAGCGCGUUCCUGGAUUUCCUCUACAAGAACAACUGCAUCCGGACACAAAAGAAGCAAAAGGUGUUCUACUGGUAUAGCGUGCCCCACGACCGGCUCUUCCUGGAUGCAUUGGAACGGGAUUUGAAGCGUGAGAAGAUGGGCCAGGAGGCGACCACGGUCGCCGUCAGCGAACCCGCCUCGUCCUUCGAAUUCGACUCGUCCCAGUCUUUGUACGAGCAAUUGACAAAGGCUCAACAAGCGAACUCGUCCUCGUUUGCUGCCCACGCAAGUACGACAUAUGGCCAGCCCAGCUCCCCCGUGGUUCGGACCGUUGACGCAAUGCCUCCUCCCCAGAUGGCUCCCCCGGCGAUCCCUCUUCUUCAGGACGAUUCUGGUCCCCCGAUGUACAGCAACCAACCGAUGCCCCUGUCGAAUACCUUGGUUCAGAGCGUCAUUAAGCGCGAGCAGGAGUACGGCCCCAUUCAGUACGACCGUAACGGAAUACCCAUGGCCCGCACCCACCAGCGACACUCGUCCAUGCCGACCUUUUACGAGUACUCGCCCGCGCCCUCGUUCGUCUCGUCACAAUUUGAAGACUACAGCAACCGUGGUUUGUCUUUCGAACCGGUCACCCCACCGCAGCACUCGGUCGGGCUCGGUGCGGAGCCGGCGUACAUUGCCAACGAAGACACCGGCCUCUACACCGCGAUCCCUGAUCUCUCCAAUGCGCCUACCUACAAUCCCAUGAUGCAGCUGCCUCCAUCCAAUCUAGCUGGCGGCACGUACCCGGCCGCGCCUCGGUCCUAUUCGUCCAAUGCCUAUCCCGUUAUCGAAGGCUCUCCGACGUACAAACAGCGGAGACGACGAUCAUCGAUCCCUCCAGGCACUCAUGCUAUGACAGGUCAUCAGUCAACGACUCCAUCAUCUCAACCAGCUACUUACGCUGCUCACAAACCUAGCGAUCUUCGUCGCUCGGUUUCUAGCUCCGUGGCUCCGGUUGCGGAGGGCGAUGAAGCUCACCAAGACCUCGCGCGCACAUACCCAAGUGCGAUGCUGCCGCAAAAGGACCUGCUGCAGGAGAUGUCCCGCCAUGGUACGCCGCUGCAACACGUUGAGGAUCAUGCAGACCAGCAGCCAUUGCCGAUAGCCAAUCCUACGGAUGAACUCGCGCCCCUGCCAACCACCACGGGCCUUGAGACGACCGUUCAGAACAGUACCAGUCGCUCGGACCGUUCAGGCCCUGGUCCUGCUCGUCGUGCCCGGAGUGCCACCAUGAUGGAGCUGGGACCGUACCCGCAGAAGUCCCAUUCGUGCCCGAUCCCGUCUUGCGGCAGACUCUUCAAGAGGUUAGAACACCUCAAACGGCACGUGCGAACCCACACGCAGGAACGUCCUUACCCCUGCCCAUACUGCAGCAAGGCGUUUUCGCGGUCCGAUAACCUCGCACAGCAUCGUCGCAUCCACGAGGCACAGCAAGAUGGCCACCCACCUCUCGCACAUGACGAGGACUUGGAGAACGAUGGCAACGACUUUGGCUCCCCGGAAGAAGAGUUCUCCCCGCCGGAGCACGUCCAAGGCAUGGUCCCCAUGCCCACCAUGACAACCAUGCCGGCUCCCAUGAGCAUGCCAUCCGCUAUGACAACCAUGGUUGCUCCCCACAUGAUCGCCCCCCAACUGCUUCAGCAACAUAUCUGA